AUAUGAAGAAUUAUAUUAUUUGUAAGUUGUGUCAUUAGGAAUUAAAAGAACCAGUAACUGUGAUUCCAUGUGCACAUUCGUAUUGUCGAUCAUGUAAGAAAGGUUAUAUGGGUUAUUGUUUCAUAUGUGGUCCUGAUGAAUAAAUUGAAGCUACCUAUGCUAAUAUGUUAUUGAUUCCAAUGAUUGGAUUAUUCAAAAAGACAUGUGAAAUAAGGGAAUUAUUUAAAUGAUUUUGAUAUAUUUUAUAUUUUAGAU